AUGACCCUAUUUGAGACCACCCCCAAGGGAUCUGUUACCCAUGUUGAGUAUACCAUUCCCGAUGAUGAGCCGGAACCCCCCGUUGAAAGGUUCUUCACCCAAGGCUUGAAGAAGCAAGAAGUGCAAUGGUUCAAGGAAUUCAUCACCGUCCAGAGCGCGCACGCAAUCAUGCUCCUGGAGCAAGGCAUCCUGACCAGUGAAGCCGGCCAGCAGAUCAUCCAUGGCCUGCAGCAGCUUUCCAAGGCCGAUCCCGCCAGUCUGGCCAUGGGCAAACACCCCAGUGCCCUGUUUGAAAUCGAGAGUGCUCUGACAGGCAUCAGCGGCGAAGAUGCGGCCCACGCGCUCAACACUGCCCUCAGCCGAAUCAACCUCGGGGCUACAGUGACUCGCCUUGUCACCCGCGGGCUGGUGGACUCCCUGCUCAACAAGAUGCUGGUCUUCUCGAACGUGGCCCUCGAAAGAGCAGAAGAGAUGAAGGGCGUGCCAAUCCCCUACCGCACACACCUACAGCCCGCCCAGCCCGGAACCCUAGGCCAUUAUCUCCUCAGCAUCCGCGACGGGGUGCUCGAUGUCUUCGAUCAAUUCACAAGCGCAUACCCCCGACUCAACCGAAACCCUCUCGGGACUGUCGGACGCGCAGGCACAAGCGUCCCCAUCUGCCGGGACCGCACCACAGAACUCCUCGGGUUCACAUCGCCCGUGAGCAACUCUUACAACGGCAAAGACGGCGCAUACGGGAUCGAACUGCUCUCCAUCCUAGGCCAGCUCGCCCGCGCCCUCAACGACUACCUCACCGAUUUCUACUACUGGUCCAGCGCCGAGCUCGGCGCGCUCGAACUCCCCGAUGACUUCUGCGGCCACAGCAGCUACAUGCCGCAGAAGAAAAACUACCUCGUCGUCGAGGCCGUUCGUGCAGACACGGCCAAGAUUCUAGGCUGGCACGUCACCGCGCAUUUAACCAGCCGCGGCGCGGGAACUGGCGAUCAUAUGCUUCACGGGGUUCCUGAGGACCUUGCCCAGGCGCUGUCUAUUGCGGGGCGCGCAUUAGACGCGGUGUCUCUAAUCACGCAGCGGUUUUCGGUGAACAAGGGCCGUGCCCUAGAUGCAAUCGGCUGGUCCACGGCGAGCGGGCUAUCUGAGGAGCUGACGAGACGCUUGGGGCUUACGCACCGGGACGCGCAUGGGAAAAUAAGACAUGUUGUGCAGCGCUGUGAGGAACGCAAGUUGGGACCGUCGGAUCUUCGACAUGAGACGCUGCGUGAGUUUCUGUCAGAGGCUGGUGUGCAGGUAUCCGACACGGAUGCGGUAGAGCUGCUACGUGCCCUGAGCCCAGAGCAGUUUCUGCGCACCCGGGUCAGCGAUGGAUCUGUUGGGCCUGAAGCCACCGAUGUUCUGGUCCGGAAAGCAAGGAUGGAGGCAAUGGAGAGGCUGAAGUGGUUGAACAAGACGUUGAACCACUCGGAGGAGGCGAGCAAGAAGCUCAGGGACAGUAUCAUCAAGUACACCCAAAUAAAUCAUAAUAGCAGAGUCUGUAAAGAUUGCUAG